UCUUGAAGCCGUUGGUAGUGGGGAAAACAGAGUAUUUAGCUUCAGAGUUGAUGUCUUGGUUCAUCAGUCCUGAGUGAUCCGUUCAGAGAGCAACAUGUACUCCCCAGAAGUUCUUUUCAUAUUUGCAGUAGCGGUACUGGCUGGUGUCAGCGCACAUGAAAAUGGAGCUCCAUGUGACGCAUGUGAACACUUGAUUCCAGAUCAUGGCAUUCCACCACAAGAUUGCGAAUGUCCCUGGACGUUGCGAUUCAGUAAAAGGAGAGUCAAAUCGGGCGAUUGUGUGAAUGCGACAAUCAGAGCAAAAAGGGGAUAUGAAGAUACCCACUUCAAAGGAUAUGUAAUAAAGUGUACGAUUGAUGGAGCAGCUGUAGGUACUUGGGAGUCUUACGAUUGCAACAGCCAUGUCAUGAACUGCGGGACAGGAACAGGUAAUGCCAUCACUCAUUCAAACCCUGAGGAUAAGACGUGUGUGACAGCAAAAAUUAUAGCACCAGAAGUUUGCCAAGAUACAUUAUUAGAAUGCACGACGACAGUUGUAAAAAGCCAUGACUAUUACUGGGUCAAUUGCAGUAAGAAAUACUUGAGAGUAAUCCCGUCAAGUUCAAUCUCGUAAGAAAAGAUAUUCUGAUCGCGUAGUCAGCUUGAAGGAGAAGAAACUCUUUGAAGGAGAGCAAUUAAUUUAACGGUGGAGGAAUUAGUCAAUAUAUUUGUAAUUGCUAUCAUGAAUAAUAUUCAAACACUAACAACCAAUCUGUAUCUGUUAAUAAAAAAAU